ACACACACACACACACACACACACACACACUCUACACGUGUCCCUCCCCUCCGGCGGCUCCUCCCGGUGCUCAGAUUCCCGGUGCUGCGGCUCAGUUACCAGGGAUGGAGUGUCGGGACGCCGCCGUGUCCGGUCUGAGCUGGACACUGAUCGUCGUGGGCGGACUCUACCUGUGGAGGCAGACCCGGACCGGGGCUCGGUACGGCCGCUACGUGGAGGCGAACAGCCGCUGCUGCCCGGCCCGGCUGGCCUGGUUCCUGCAGGAGUUCCCGGCCUUCCUGCUGCCACUGCUGCUGCUGCUGCUGCCCGGACAGCGGGACGCCGAGCGGCGGGACGACGGGAGGAGGCUGCUGCUGCUGGGGAGCUUCAUGCUGCACUACUUCCACAGGAGCUUCAUCUAUGCCUUCCUGACUAGAGGACGACCCGUCCCGCUGUUCAUCGUCCUCUGUUCCGCCAUCUUCUGCUCGCUCAACGGCUUCCUACAGGCACACUACCUGCUGCACUGCCGCCGUCUGGAGGACACCUGGCUGACCGACGCCCACCUGGCUGCAGGUUUACUGGUGUUUGUGGUUGGAAUGACCAUCAACAUCCACAGCGACCACAUCCUGCGCAGCCUCAGAAAGCCUGGAGAGACUGUCUACAGGAUCCCCCAUGGUGGGCUGUUUGAGUUGGUUUCUGGAGCUAACUUCUUCGGGGAGAUCGUCCAGUGGUGUGGUUUCGCUGUAGCUGCCGGGUCUCUACCAGCCUUCGCCUUCUUCUUCUUCACCGUCUGCUCCAUCGGGCCCAGAGCCUACCAGCACCACAGAGAUUAUCAGCGGCGGUUUGAGGACUAUCCUCGCUGCAGGAAGGCUCUGGUGCCCUUCAUCCUCUGACCUUACAUGUCUGUAGUAUUAAUCUGGGUUAUUAAUCUGUGUUCUUAAUCUGUGUUAUUAAACUAUAAUAUUAAUCUGUGUUAUUAAUCUGUGUUGAUACUGAUCCUACUGUCUGGUGUGAAGCUGCAGAUGAUGAAAAAUUGGAAAUAAAUGAAAUGAAAGACGUUGAAA